CCCGCCCAGGCGCCAGCGUGGAACCGUCUCUGCUAUCCUGACUCUCCUUUCAGAGUAUAACUUAGUUGGUGUCUACUGUGUGGCUUCCACCAGCGGGAGUCACGCAGCUCUUCUCUUUCAAACUUUUUUUUUUCGGGUCUGCCCAGCACCCAUAACUCUCAGCCUGCAAUCCUGAGCCAGGAGCAGGGGGAUACUGCUGUAGGGCGAGGACGAGAAGUUGCGUGUGGAUAGCCACCCUACAUCACGACACCAUCAUGGCGAGUUCUAAGCCCAAGAAGGGCUUCUCCAUGUCCUUGGGCAAGCCUAAGCUAUCCUCCUCUUCUGCUACGUCGGCCAAGGGACCAGAUCGCGCCACCAGCGGCGGCAGCAAGUGGUCCGCUUCGGCGAUAGGCAUAGCCCACGAUGACGAGGACGCAGGGGGGAGGGGAGGCAAGCGGGACUACGUGACAGGAAUCGGCGGGGGUAAGGUCGUCACGAAAGAGGUCGUCGUGGACAGAGGUCCCCGCGUUAUCGCCCUCGCUUCCAACCCCUGGGCUAACGGCAGCAACGCGGGGUCUGUUCCUCCGCCUGCAGCAACGGCAGCCGAACGCCUACCCACGGAAGAAGAGCCGGCGGGCGAGAAAUCUCUCGAUCAGCUAGCGGCUGAAGCCAUCGCCAAGGAAUCCGUCCGUGGCGACGGGUCUAGCGCCGACGCCUUUGGGCUGGGCGUCAACUCCGACAGAGUAAUCGGCAUGAUCGGCAAGAACCCUGCCGCCGGCGAAGGCGACAGCAGUAACGGCGGUGCAACGGCGACGACAACACCCGCCGCCGCCGGCAGCAAAAGGAAAACUGGCCUGCUGGAGCAGAACAUGAUCCCCGGGCUAAUGGAGGUGGACGGGGAGGACGCCAAGUUCAAGCACGACCUAGGGCAUCGCGCGGAGGACCUCAGCGCUCGCAGCAAGGCCUACGUCGACGUUCCGGUCGCAGAGUUCGGCGCGGCGCUGCUCCGGGGGAUGGGGUGGACGGGGCCAGAGGGAGACGGCGGCGGCGGCGGCGGCGGAGGCGGAAGCGGGCCGGAUCUGUCCAAGGAUAUUGAGCCCAGGCAUCACAGGCUCGGGUUGGGGGCGCAGCCGAAGCCCCCAGAGGAGAUGAAACGGCCGCGGAAAAAGAAGCCUGGAGAGAAGCCGAGGUCAUCGGACGCGGAGCGCCUCAAGAUCUGGGAGGAAAAGGUUCAGGAGGAGCGCUUGCGGGCAUCACGGCCAAGUGCGACUGCGCAGCUAGCCGUCAUGGACGUAGUGGAGUUGUCGGAAGCAGGGGGAGAGGGGGGCAGGCGCCGGCCUCGAGCGAUGGUGCUCAAGACGCAGGGAGUGCCCGGGCUGAACAAGAUAUCCGUGAGGAUGGAAGACACAGGCGAGAAACUUCUCGUGGACAAGGCGACCGCGACGCGCGUUUCCGAGGACGAGUUGGCGCGAAGGCCGUUCUCCGAAAACAAGGACCGUUCUUCCCGCAGCAGCAGUGGCGGCGGGAAGAGGGGCCGGAGUCGGAGUGGGAGCCGUAGCCGAAGCAGCGGUAACGUCGAGAGGGAAGACGCCCGCCGAGAGCGAAGAGAAAACAAGGACAAGAAGAAACACAAGAAAAGCGGGGGCAGCAGCAGCAGCAAGCGAGAACGGAGCAGCGAUGGCCGGAGAUCCUCACCCUCACCCCGCCGCCGCCCCGACGACGAAGUGGACCGAUACCGCCGACGCGACGGACGGAGAGACGACGAUGACGGGGGGAGGGGACGCCGGGAUGACAUCCCCGCCGAGAAAAGCCGCCGCGAUGAUGGGGACAGCGAGAGAGGUCGCUACAGCGACGGUAACGCCGGCAAUGGCGGUCGGCAGUCCGGGCCGCCAGCGUGGCUGCGAGCCAACAUCCGGGUGCGAGUUAUCCACAAGUCGUACGGCGGGGGGCGGGCGUACCUUGGGAAGGGGAGGGUGGUGGAUGUGCCGCGUGUCGGGCAGGCGACCGUUCGAAUGGACCUCGGCGAGCUUGUUCUCGAAGGUGUGAAAGAGAGGCACCUAGAGACGGUGCUGCCCUCUAGAGGCGGCAAGGUUAUCGUCGUCCGCGGUGCGGAGAAGGGGGCCACGGGGAAGCUGCUCGCCAAGAACAAGGAGAAGGAGACGGCCCUCGUGCAGGUCUACGAAGAUCUGCGCGCGGUAACACUGUCACUCGACGACGUCGCCGAGUAUACCGGCAUGCUCGACGAAGACAUGGAAGAUGUCGGUUACUGAGCCACCCCCUGCCACAGAGUUCAGGCACCGGAUGGAUCUGGAGAAGUUGGCAGGCUGUCCUCGUCUGUGUUGGUUCAGGCAUUUUUUGAACAAUUGAGAUCCCGUGGAUUAACUGACAGCCGUAGCCGGCCCUUGACUCGUUGGGCCACGCUGUCUCUGUGUCGCUUCUGAGAUUUACUGUCUAGGGAUGGGAGCGCAGAAUGAAAGGGUCAACAUGUGGCGGCGCCUAGCAUCGGGCGGUCCCCCCUGGGCAUCAUUGGCUCAUUGCGUGCCUGCAACAUCCUGACUUUUUCCGUGUUUGUCCGCGGGGUGGCUGGGCUUCGUGCGCCAAAGUUGA